CUGGUGCGGGCGUACACGACUAUGCCCUAAAGAAUGUUCUGGAGGCAUCUCGACAAACGAUGAGAGGCGCGAGAUGGAUGUGGGGAGAAUCGGGAUCCAGUUGGGUCUAUCUGCACCGGCCACAAGGUGAAAAAAGCCCCUUCGCAAGUGCAAGCUUUCCAUCUGACGAUGAAGAAUGCCGAAAAGCUACUAGCCCUUGGGAGGAAGCGUAGAUAUUCUUCAUUGAUGCCGCCUGCGGAGGGGGAAAACCCCUCUUGUAGCAAUGGCGGUAUCAGCAGCAAGAGCUUGGAAUCAGUUACUAACAUGCUGAACUCUUUCCGAUAUACUGGAAACCGGCGUAUUCAACAGUGCCAGAGCUGUUUUGAAUCUGAAAUUGCUGCUACUUCUGCCAGUGCCACCCACUCUAAGGCUUUCACGGUCAGACAUGGCUCCUGCAAUGGCUCAAGGGCGUCCAAUGGGAACCUCGAAAAAACAGAGAACAGAAGCGGGCUCCGCCUGUCACCCUACUUCUCUAACAUACCUGCAAGAACUUCACUUUGUGCAACCACCAGCUCUCCAAUCUUAAAUCACGUUGAUGAAGAUCUACCAGCAUCUGUCUCUAAGAAAAUGAAGAGGCUGCGGAAGGUGGCAGCACCGCAUGAUUCAAGUCUAGUUCUAUCUCACGAUACUCCCUCUCGGAGAACCAAAAAACAAAGGAAGGUGGCAUCAUUUCCAGCAGCAGAUGAAGUUAACCAAGUGUGCAAUCCUAUUAGAUGUAAACGCAGAGCAACAAUGACAAAGGCAGAGAAACUCAAGGAUUGCUACCGUAGAGUUGGCCCAGGCAAUAAGUGGGACCCCCCAGAUUCUCCUUAUGAACUACUGCAGGAGGUCCAUGCCUUUGAUCCUUGGAGGGUUCUUGUAAUAUGCAUGCUUUUGAAUCAAACAACCGGCGCACAG